AUGAUCACCGGUACCGUCGAUGCCGGGUCGGCCGCCAGAGCCGCGGCCACACCGCCAGCGCGCUUGUUUGACUGCUUGGACGCGGCCAGCAAAGAGCGAGUGACGAUGUUGCUGAGCCACUACCAGGUACUUCUCCCAGUGGAGCAAGCUUCCUUUAUGCAGGAGCUUGAGCGGUACAACCAGGAGCAACAGACAUCCGCGCUGGCGCGGAACAAGAAUGGUGAGGUGUGGACUCACUACACAAACCCGCGUCUGCAGGCAGUGCAGGAACGUGAUCCUGCCUAUGUCCUGCGGUCGAUUUCCCACACAGCUGUUUCUCUUGGGUCGAAGGGCAACGAAGCACCGGAGGAGACGACUGCACCUUGCUCGCUGGAGGAUCUUCUCCAUACUCGCGGUAUGUUCGGUGAGCCGGAAGGCGUUCCGAUCCGCGUGGGGAAGAUGUCUCUCUAUGAGAAAUUGCACCAGAACAUGAGAAACCGGCGGAGCACGGCGGGUGGGAGCUUGGUAAAGACCACUACUUCAAGCAUCCCUACCGCCGCCAAUGCAGACAGUGGUGCUGCACGCAUCUCCGUUUCGUUUGGGCCUUUGGCUGACGGCAAGAGUGAGGUGGGCGAUAACGCAUCUCCGAAGACAUCGGCGCAGUCUGAGAGCGGCGAGCGCGCAGUGGCACCUGUAUACGCUAACGCUUUCCCAUCUCACACAUCGUCGGUCAAGCCGUCUGCUCCGUACCGCAGCAACGCGUACCAAGCCGUGCGUCUUGCAAUGAACUCGCCUGGAUACACUGCGACGACGCCGCCGACCUCGGUGGCGGAGUUACAAACGCCGCUUGACGGCGUGAAAUCCGUGUUGAACAUCACCACCUUCCCGAUCACGGAAGAGGAGUUGCGCGAUUGGUUCGAUGAGCUGGAUGUGCAUGGGCGUGGCGUCUUGAGCGUUGAGGAGUUCCAGCGCUACAUGCAAUCUUUGGAGCGUGACCUCGGUGUCUCGGCAGAGUAUGCGAUGCUUGAGCUCGACGGAGCGCAGCUAGCGAAGGAUGGCUGGCUCAGCUUUGAGGCCUUUUCCUUCCUCGUGCUCCGCUUUGCGCGUGUCUGA